UUCUAUCCAGACACCUCCACGUGGCAUAAUACCAUUGAUUUACAAUCCAUCCAGGAAAUCUCGGUGCAACUUAUUCCGCAUAACCACCACAAAGUGCACACUCACAAGUACAAACCCUCGAAGCCCAAAACCACCACCGCCACCGUAAAGCACCGCCGCUCUCCGUCGGAAAUGGCAACCACCGUUGCGACCUCAUCAACCGUCAUAGGCCUCCGAGGCACCUCCCUUUCCGCUUCUCCAAAAAAACCAUGCCUCACUUCAGCAUUUGUAAGGUCUGCAACAACGCCCAGGAACCCACUGCGGCUCGCGGCCCAGGCUGCGUCGGGAGGAAAGUUUACCUGCUUCGAGAGAGAUUGGCUGAGGACGGAUCUGAACGUGAUCGGGUUCGGGUUGAUCGGGUGGCUCGCUCCGUCGAGCAUACCCGCGCUGAAAGGCAAUAGCUUGACGGGGCUCUUCUUUCAGAGCAUCGGAACCGAGCUCGCUCACUUCCCUACAGGACCCUCUCUCACUUCCUCUUUCUGGUUUUGGAUGCUGACGUGGCACCUGGGGCUGUUCCUAUGCCUGACUUUUGGACAAAUUGGAUUCAAAGGACGGGCCGAUGGUUACUUUUGAAAUCCAUGGACUCUCUCUCUCUCUCUCUCUCUCUCUAGCUAUUAAUCGACUUCUAUGAAUGUUGUAUAGUGAUGAGUGAUGACUAUCUUCGUCUACUUUUGUUUUCCUUCGUUUUUUUUUUUUUUUUUUUAAUGUGUGUGUGUUGUGCCCCUUUAGAAGGAAGGAGGUAGGAACCUUUUUACUGAUUUUAUGACGUUGAAUGGAAUGCCAAUUCCCAAGUACAA